AUGAUUCACCAAAUUUGCCAACACAGCGAUCUGGUGACCCUGAGAUCGACAUCCCAGACCCUGGGAUAUGGCUGUAGGAGGAUUAUUUGUCUGUGCCUAGGCCAGCUGCAGCCUAGGGAGGCACAAAAAAUCAAUGUCCAAGAUGACCGCGCGACAUUUGGAAACAGUCGACCAGUCCGAAAAUCCAAAUUAUACCUUCUUCACCGCAAAAUAAGACCGUCCUCGGCGGAAUCCAGUCUCGAGUCUCGACCACCACAGCUCGAAAAGAGGGCGCCAACCUUAAUGCAUGCUUCUCUUUUCCCUGGUCUGGAGCUGACCUCUUCUUCUUCUUCUUCUUCGUCCUCCUCCUCCCCGGUCACGGAUGAUAUUAUCACGACGGAUCUGUCAUCAUCGAGGCAUCAGUUGACUGGAAAAGUUUUCAGCGCAGUUGGACUCGGGGACUCCGAGCCAUUCACGCAGUAG